AUGCCGUGUUUACGACACACACUGAUUCAAGCGGUUUCUGUCCUGAGAUUUUCUCUCGGCGGAGAGAUCUACAUAGCCGGUUUGAAUGACACACAUAUCCCUCUUCCAGCUCAGCCGGAGGACUCAUGCAAAUUAAUGGAACAGAAUGAGAUGGAACGAUUGAAAAAGGCGGCGGUUCGUCUGAUGGGAGGACUAGCCGAAGGCAAUGUGGAAUCAACAGACGACGUUGCCAAUCAAAAUGACUUGGAGAUACUGCGUGAGGGCCUAUGCUUCCGACCCGUCUCCGCGCAUGGAAUUCCCUUUGUCACUCGAGUUGACGAUCAUUUGCUAGGCGGGCUCAAAAUUGGGCCUAGAAACAGAUGUGAGAAUGGUAGAACAAGGGGAGGAGUUUUCAUUGCAUCAGGUCAUGGUCCGUGGGGAAUCGCAUUGUCACUGGGAACUGGGAAAGUGAUUGCGCAAAUGGUGGAGGGAGUUGAGCCUGAAGUAGAUGUGAGUGGGCUUGCAGUAGUGUGA